GGGCGGGCCGGGGGCGGCCCCGCGGGGAGCCCAGGAGCGCUGCGGCCGCACAGCCCCAGAGCUGCGCCCGACAUGGACUGCGGAGUCAUCACCUCCAAGACCGUGCUGCUGCUGCUGAGCCUCGCCUUCUGGGCGGCAGCUGCAGGCCUCAGCUAUGUUGGGGCGUACGUCAUCAACACCUACAAGAACUACGACAACUUUCUGCAGGACAAGUACGCGCUGCUGCCAGCCGUGAUCAUUAUUUGCGUGGCCGUGGUGAUGUUCAUCAUCGGGCUGCUCGGCUGCUGCGCCACCUUCCGCGAGUCUCGGGUCGGCCUGGGGCUGUUCUUGGCCAUUAUCCUGAUUAUCUUCAUUGCAGAAGUGUCCGCUUUUGUCCUGGGAUUCGUGUACAGGGAAAAGGUAAAAACUGAUGUGCAAGGUACAAUGAGCUCAGUCUUUGAGAAGUAUGAUGGCAAAAACCCAGAGUCUACAGUUGUGGAUUACUUGCAAGAACACCUUCACUGCUGCGGGGUUAAGAACUACAGUGACUGGACGACCACGCAGUGGUUUAAUUCCACUGGGAACAACAGUGUUCCCCAGAGCUGCUGCCAGCAAGAGGCUAAGAACUGCACAGGGCAUCUGGAUCAGCCGCAGGAGCUCAACACACGGGGCUGUACACAGGAGCUGGAGUCUGUCCUGCAGAGCGUUAUCAGCUAUGCCAUGCUUGUAAUCCUGGGGUUUGCCAUUGUAAAGUUCUUCGGCAUGCUGAGUGUCUGUGUGCUUACUUGCAAGAAAGAAGAAAGCGGAUAUCAGCCUCUUUACUCAGGGGUGUUUGCUUAAUAAACUGAAAAGAACAAAGUUGAUUCCAGAUGAUGAAACUGACUUGUGAUCACACCACAGUUUUCUGAAAUGUUAUGCUAAGUUCGGACCUGUGACUGCAGGUAGCACCAGGUGGUGUAGUAGGCUCCAGAAAGAAACUUUCUUCUGACCUUCUUUCUUCUGCCCCAAAAACAUGCAGCAGAAACUUUGUACUUUAAUCAAUAAACUGGUGGAGACCACA